GCUAUGCGGUGAAACUCUCUUUUUAGAGUGUACGAGAUCGUCUCUUUAACGUGCCCCGCCGUCAAGAGCUUUCUAACGCACGUGUUUAUGAGAACUUUGAAUUUUCUUCACGGGUUGAUAUACGAAGAAUACGAGAGCGUGUGAAAACGUGAACGUGUACAGUAUGAGCGCAUAAAUGUUUUGGAGCAGCCUGCGUCACCGUGAGUGCUCCGCUUCAGACUUCCUCGGCAGCUAUUGCAAGAAAGCCAGGUACUGUACGCCGUUGAACUACACUCACCAACUGAAAUUCUUUGCAUAUACGGAUCGCAUUACCUUCGUUGCUGAAGCGAUUGCUGUUGCAGAACAACUUGUGACGAAAUUACAGCAACAAACAACAAAUCGACAGGUGAAGUCGAUAGAUCCACCUAAGCAAUAUUCCUAAUAUCACCACACUAUUCGCGUCACCUGAAUUCACGUAUUAUUCACCUCCAAGUUACGGUGAAUUGGGUGAAUUAACCGCUGUAUGAACCAAAUAUGUCACGGUCGCGAGUGCAGAGCACGUAAACCAUACGAGUACGCUGGCAAUACGAGUACGCUGGUAUGGAAGUGUCGCUGAAUGCAGACGCGGACUUUGACACCUAGACGUCAUAGAAUCCCGGAGAAGCAACUGUGAGAAUCAAUCAGACGCUUAGCCGGGAGGGUCCAGAAUGUUUAGCAGUACGAAGCACAUUCUGGCAAUCUUCCUCUUCGUCAACAUCGUCGGUGGUAACGAGAUUAAAACACCGAGGACAGUAGAAGUAAACCCUUCCUCUGGAACAGUCUGGCCGAAGCCCCAGGACCAGAAAACAUCAUUUCGUCAAUACAUCAUUGACUCUUCGACUUUCAAGCUCCGGCUGGAAAGCGACGUCUCAAAAUGCGACAUACUAACGGAAGCACUUCAGAGGUACAGACGCCUCUUCUUCCUACCAGACUGUCCAAGGCAACGGAGCCAGUCAGGUGUAGGUCCCUGGAACAAUCCUGCGGCAGAGACAUUGACCCAGCUGCAGGUACAUAUGACCACGUGUGAGGUGCAGCCAUAUUUAGGCAUGGACGAACGCUACAUAAUACAACUGAGUGCUUUUGAGCCCGAGGCCCAGGUGCGUGCAGACACGAACUGGGGCAUACUACGAGGACUGGAGACGUUCAGCCAACUAAUCCAGACCGUCAAUGACACACACUUCCUGAUCAACGCUACCUACAUCGAGGACUUUCCCAGGUUCCCUCAUCGAGGGCUCUUGAUCGACUCUUCGAGGCAUUUUCUUCCGUUGCGGACAAUUGUACAGACUUUGGACGCCAUGGCCUACAACAAAAUGAAUGUCCUCCAUUGGCACAUUGUGGACGAUCAGUCGUUUCCUUACGUCAGUUCCCGGUUUCCAGCCAUGAGCGAGAAGGGAGCGUAUGAUCCCAUGACGCAUGUGUACAGCCCCAAAGACAUUCGUUACGUCAUUAAGGAAGCUGCGCUUCGUGGAAUCCGUGUGAUUGCCGAGUUUGAUACACCAGGUCACACCCUGUCGUGGGGUAGAGGACAUCCUAAUCUUCUGACCACUUGCUACGGGUACAAAAACCCAACUGACGCCUAUGGUCCCAUCGACCCAUCGAGAGAUGAGAACUACGUAUUUCUGGAGCGGUUCUUCCAGGAAGCAGCUCAGGUCUUCCCCGACCAGUACAUCCAUCUGGGAGGCGAUGAAGUCACAUUCGAUUGCUGGAGAUCCAACCCGAACAUCACUCAUUUUAUGGAACAGCUAGGCAUUGCGGGCAAGUACAACAAACUAGAGCAGCUCUAUUUUCAGAGAGUCGUGAACUUAGUGGAAACGUUGCAGAAGAGCUAUUUUGUGUGGCAAGAUGUGUUCGACAACGGCGUUCAGCUUGCGGAAGAAAGUAUAAUUCACGUAUGGCGGCAACCUCAUGAAGAAGAGAUGUGGAGAGCUACCAACAAGGGUUUCCGAACUUUGCUGUCAUCGUGCUGGUACCUGGACAACAUCUCCUACGGCCACGACUGGCAAAAGUACUACCAGUGCGAUCCCCGGAAAUUUAACGGCACCUCGAAGCAGAACAGUCUUGUGAUGGGAGGCGAAGCUUGCAUCUGGGGAGAAUACGUGGACGCAUCGAACUUAAUCAGCCGCACUUGGCCCCGAGCAUCUGCGGUAGCUGAGCGACUCUGGAGUCCCGCCUCCGCACGCAAAGUUGCAGAAGCCACACCCCGGUUCAAGAACCUGCGAUGUCUUAUGCUCAAACGUGGACUCACACCUGAACCGCAGGAAGGAUCUGGCUUCUGCCCAUGCGACCACCUCGUCUAGGAUCCUUAGGCGAUGAACACCAGGGAACUUUCGCGCUAAUGGGCGCAACGUUAUUUCCUUGAGGAGCAAGAUUCUAACAGCUUCUUUGAUGCUGCUCUCGGAUCACAUCAACGUCCCAAACUCGAUCCACAUAGCCUGAUGUGGAUAGGUGAAUACAGAACAAGAAAAUGGCUGAGACAAUUCAAAAUGAACGUCAUAAAUAAUCUGUUUGUAUACAA